AUGGCAACAGCAUACCUACCGUAUUAUGAUUGUAUUAAGUGCACUCUUCAGGCUGCUCUUUGUAUCGGGAACUAUCCAUCACGCACUGUUGAGCGUCACAACAAGCCUGAAAUUGAGCUGCUUGAUUUCUCAGAAGGUACCACUAAGCCCUCUUCAACGGAACUUCUUCUUAAUCCCAUUCGGAUUGCGCGAUCAGAGCAAGAAAGUUGUCUUAUUGAAAGUAGCAUAAACAGCACACGUGUUUCUGUUUCAUUUUUAAAAAGUGACGCUCUAGCAGAGCUUAUAGCCCGAAAGUACGUCAGUUUUUUGGCUCAACGAGCCAAACAAUUUUGUAUACUACGGAAAAAACCGAUCCCAGGGUAUGAUAUCAGUUUCUUGAUAACUCACGAUGAAGUUGAAACCAUGCAUAGGAAUAAGAUUAUUCAGUUUAUCAUCACCUUUUUGAUGGAUAUCGAUGCAGACAUUGCUGCUAUGAAGUUAAACGCAAAUCAACGGGCUCGACGAGCGGCGAUGGAGUUUUUUCUUACCUUGAACUUUGCGUAA